AUGUUUCGCUAUGCACUAGAACGUCUGUUUGACUAUAUGUUCCAGUAUUUAGUAAGCAAUUUACUUCAAGUAAAAGAAAGUGAAAACCAAAAAACGACAGAAACCGUUAACUCAGCAUUACAAUUGUCGGCAACUGAAGAAUCACAUAGCCGGACAGCUCGUGAUGGCACACUACUGGCAGAGGACAAUGAAACAAACAGUGUUGACAAGUGCUGUCACAUUCAGGUGUGCUUCAUGGAUCCAAUUCAGAAGCAAAUAAUCAAAUACAACAUGACAGUGAAACAAUCAAUGAAAGUGGUUGACGUAAAAAAAGAACUUUGUGAUCAGUUAAAAGACAACAUAGACAAUUGGUCUAACCUGGCAAUACUAUUUAUGGGCAAGGAACUGGAAAACAAUUUAGAAAUCAGUGGCUGUGAUUUGGGUGAUUACUCAAUGUUACACGCACUGGACUCGUCAAAAGUUACCCGAAACACCAGGUCCACUGAUGAAAACAUUGAGCAAGUUAAUGUGCCGCUAAGUAAAUUACCCACAAAACUGACGACAAUUGACAAUUCUGAAACUUCAAGCGCCAACGAUCUCAUAGCCGAUAACGCACAGCAGACAGCUACAGACAACUCAAGCAACAAAGAAAAGCUCUACUUUUUUGUGUACUGCCAGGCGUGCGAUGCACUGCGAUCCGGAAAGCUGCGCGUCGCUUGUGAUCAGUGUGAAAACGGGUCAAUUCUCUUCAGCCGUGAACCUCAGGACUGGAGUGACGUGCUGACUGCAGGCCGCAUCGAGUGCAAGUGCUUCACUCCGGGCUGCACCGGAAAGGUGGCCCGAUUUUACUUCAAGUGCAUCGACGAGGCUGGCCACGACCAUCAUCAUCAUCAACAACAGGAGAAGGCGAAGACAUCAGCAAGGGUAAACACUGCCGAAGCUGUCACUCCGCUGAACCGACUUCGCCGGAACAACAUUGGCGUCUCCUGUCUGGCCUGUCUGGACAACACCGUCGAGGUGGUGCUCGUUUUUCCCGGCUGUGAUCACGUCAUCUGCCUGCCGUGCUUUCGAGACUACUGCAAAACGGCGCUCAGCGAGCGGAACCUCGUCUGGGUCGACGCUCUCGGCUACACUGUCAACUGUCCGAUGGACUGCGAGGGCUCCUCCGUCGAGUCAGCCCACCUCAACCUCCUCGAGGAGCACUUCUACUCGCUGUACGCCAGGUUCUCCUCCGAGGAGCUGGUGCUGAGGCGGGGCGGAAUGCUCUGCCCGCACUCCAACUGUGAUCAGGCGCUCUACCCGGAGAAGAUGCCGCCCACCAGCUGUGAGGUGACCGAGUGCCCAAAGUGCCGGCUGGUGUACUGCCUCCUUUGCACCUAUGAGGGCGUCUACGCUCCCGUCAGUUGUCCCUACGAGGGGCUGAUUGAACAGACGAACGCCGAACUUUGCGCCAGUGCUCAACAGGCGGAAAACACAGAAAAGACAAUACGCCCUAGUACGUACCUGGCCAGCCUGGUAGAAAAAUUCAGUCUGCUGCGCUCGCUGGCCAGCAGUGUGACCGGUGCUGCAGGUUCAGGUGCUGGUUCAGCCCAGGCGGCGCCCACGCGCUGGCAGGACACCAUGUCUCGGCUGAAGAUUCGCGAGAUAGCGAAGCCCUGUCCGAAGUGCCGAACGCCCACUGAACGCAACGGCGGCUGUAUGCACAUGAUCUGCACGCGAAAACGCUGCAACUACAACUGGUGCUGGAUCUGUCUCACCGAGUGGAACACCGAGUGCAUGGCGACGCACUGGUUUGGCUAG